GGAGUCUCCUUCAGGUCGUAGAAAGGCUCUGGCCAGCAGCAGCAUCAACAUGAAGCAGUAUGCCAGCCCCAUGCCCACACAGACUGACGUCAAGCUCAAGUUCAAGCCCCUCUCCAAGAAGGUGGUGUCUGCCACGCUACAGUUCUCCCUCUCCUGCAUCUUCCUCCGUGAGGGCAAGGCCACUGACGAGGACAUGCAGAGCCUGGCCAGCCUGAUGAGUAUGAAGCAGGCUGAUAUCGGCAACCUGGAUGACUUUGAGGAGGAGGACGAGGAGAAUGAGGAGAACAGGGCCAACCAGGAGGAGAAGGCUGCUAAGAUCACAGAGAUGGUAAACCAGCUCAAUGCUCUCAGCUGCUUAGCCGGAGACCCUGAGGACUACUUCCUAAAGCUGGCUAGUAAAAGGCCAAGCAGCGCUCAGUCUCCCUCCCAAGAGCUGAUCAGUAAGCUGAACUUCCUGGAGGAGGAUCAGGACACGCCCCUUGCCCUCUGCUCCAAUCCCUUCGAAGAUCCGGCUGAUGAUGUUGAUGACCCCUCCCAUCUGGAACACACCAAUCACUUCAACCCGUUCGGUGAUGAUGAUGAUGAUGGACCCCCCUCCCUGCCCCCCUCCCUCACCCUCCGACAGGACCCAGAGGCCUACUAUGUCCAGGAACCCUCCAACCCCUUCGACGAGGACGAAGUCAACACACACUCGCACACAGAGUACAACCCGUUUGACGAGCCCGACCAGGACCCAGACCUAGUCCCCGACCCCGACCCCCAGGGGCCCCAGGUCCAGCAGCCGGAGGCUCCCAAACCCAGGGGGAAGAAGGGGGUCAGGCCGGUGGAUAUGAGCAAGUACCUGUAUGCUGACACCAACCCACCACCAGAGGACCAACUGGAUGAAUCCAACCCGUUCUACGAGCCCCGGACCUCCAGCCCAUCCCGGCCCUCCGGGGGCCCCUCUCCAGACUUCAGUAACCAGAAGAGGAGAGCCCCGCUACCUCCAGGCCCCAGCCCCUCGGCCCCCAACACCUCCAGGGAGGGGGCAGAGAGGGAGAGAUUCAUGCCCAGUGGACCCAGUGCCGUGGCAGCUGUGGUGGGGCGAGAGCUGGCCUUCUCCUCCCCUAAGGUAAGACUCUUUGAAGAGGGUAGUGGCACUAGAGUAGUGGUAUUUAUGAAGUGUGUGUGGGGGUGUGUGUGUGUGUGUGGUUGUGUUUGCAUGUGCCUCCGUGUGUGUCCAGUCACCUCCAACCUCCUCAUCUGAAUAUAGGUAUUAGUU